GUUUGACGUUUGCAUUUACAUUGCAGGUAAAGGCAGGUAUUGCAUUUAUCUAUUACAAUAUUUCGUAAUUAAAACGAAAAAAUAAUAAAAUGAAAGGCCACCCAACAAAAGAAGUUACUCAAUUGAUUCACGAAAUCAAAAUCGGCAAUGUGGAAGGUUCUUACAACAUAACAGCAAAGACGCUACAAGUAUUUAAGAAAAUAAUAAAUGGACAAAGAUGGACAAAUGCAGACGAACUCAUGAAUUUGGUGCGCACACAGGGCCACAUACUGCAAUCCGCAAUUCCGCAAGAGACUGUAACAGCCAACAUUGCACGACGCAUACUUAAAUUGAUACGCGAAGAGUUCGAUUUACUCAAAGCAAAGGUGCAUCAAUUCACGGAUGAUCAAGCUUCAAUGUCCUUGCACAAGCUUGUUACACAAACGAGUAAUGAUGUCAGCGUCGAUUAUACUGAACCACAACAAGGAUUGCGUGAAGCGCUCUUGGAUCACCUGCAAGAAAUGGAAACGGAGUUGGAGACAAGUUCGGAAAAUAUUUGCGCACAAGCUGAAGAGCACAUACACUCCUCGGAGGUUAUACUCACACUGGGGCACUCGCGUAGUGUUGAAAACUUUUUGAAACGUGCUGUUAAGAAGCGUCAAUUUCUAACCAUAAUUAUAGCUGAAUGUGCGCCAGAUUGCAGAGGUCACAACUUGGCAGCUAGCUUGGCAACGGGCAAUGUCGAAAUAAUUGUCAUACCUGACUCCGCCAUAUUCGCAAUGAUGUCGCGCGUCAACAAAGUCAUAAUUGGAACACAUAGCGUGCUUGCAAAUGGUGGCCUACGUGCCGCUUGCGGUUCCUACACAGUAGCGCUGGCAGCUAAACAUUACUCCGUGCCUGUUAUAGUACUGUCACCCAUGUACAAAUUGUCACCGUUACAUUUGUGUUCAAUAGAACAGGACGCAUUCAAUUUAGUAGGCUGUGCGGAAGAUGUUAUUGAAUAUGAUUCCUUAGCAUCGCAUUCUGCCAAAGUUUACAGCCCUAUAUUUGACUAUGUGCCGCCAGAGCUGGUGACACUGUUUAUAUCAAAUAUUGGCGGCCAUGCACCCUCGUAUGUCUAUCGACUUUUGACUGAACUUUACAAUCCAGAGGAUUAUGAGAUGUAAAACGUAAAUAACGCUAUUUUUAUAAAUUAACCACUAGAAAUCCCUAGACUUUGCUUAAAUUUAAGCUUUCGCUAAACUAAAGCACAAAUAAGUAAAAUACCUGAAUAAAGAAAAGAAGAAAGCUGAUUGUAUUUCCAAAGUGUACAUAUGUAUGUGCUGUUGCUUUGAACCUGUAGCGCGCUAUAGUUGGCACUUUUAAAUGCCGCAUUACACCGCGUUUGCUGUUUUUUAUUUGCUUCGUCCAACGUCUAAUCCAAUUAGUGUGAGCGAACCACAAGAUUAUAUUAUUCGAACUCUGCCUGUCUACCCUCCGAUAUCCGGUUCAAUUCCGUAUGGAAGGCAAACUUUGAAAUUAGUUUGUCGAACACCUUUUAUUUUGCCGCACUGCGUUUCAGUACAAUCGUCACAUGUCAGUCAAUCACAUUUUCUUUUAAUUAUUCUUCAAUGCAAAUUAUCACAGUUUUGAAAAGGCAAAUGCCAAUAAACAAACUUUGUGCAAGACAAAACAACGUCUGACGCUAAAUAUCAUAAUUUUUGUAAUUAUAACUAAGAAUAUAAUAAUAAAAUAGUGCAAAACAUUUGGUGUAAAAUUCAAGAAAAAACGUUUAAAGUAAAAAUUUAAUUGUGUAAAUAAAAUGUGCUGUGUUAAUUAGUUUUCUUUUAUGAAAAAGUGAAUUUUAAAUUGGCGUGAAAACGUUAAUUAACGGCUUAUAAGGCGUUUCCCGUGUAGUUGUGGCAAUAAACAUACGUACAUGAACAUAUGUACAUGUUCUGUUUAUAAUACGAGUAUACUUAUUUGGUUUUGAAUGGUAAUGAAUCCUCAAAUGAAUUGUAAUUUUGGUUAAAUAAUUUUGGUGCAGAAAGAUAUUUUUGAAUAAACUGCAAAAUUUUAAAAAUA